CCCACCCAGAAAGUACAGAGCCUCAGACACUUUGCAGGCAGCUGGAUCCAUACUCCGAGGGAAACCGAGGCACCAGGACUGGGAUAGCCAUGGCCCUGAAGGGACCUUGCCCAGCGUUGCUGCUGCUGCUGCUGGUUUUGCUGCCCGCCUGUCUGGCUCUGGGCCGGAGGGAGACACGCCAUGAGAAAUUCCACCGGCAGCAUGUGGACUUCCCGAAGACCAGCGCCCCGGACGCCCGGCGCUACUGCAACCUCCUGAUGCCGCGGAGGAACCUGACAACUGACGCCUGCAAACCCACCAACACCUUCAUCCAUGCGGGGCCUGCCGAGGUGGAUGACGUCUGCCACGCAGGGGGCACCCUCAGAACCGAGAAUUAUUACGACAGCAAGGUGCCCUUUGAGCUCACCAUCUGCCGGCUGGCAGGGGGCGCUCAGAGACCCCCCUGCAACUACCGCGGGAGAACCAGCACCCAGCAGAUACGGGUGGCAUGCAUGGGAGGGCUGCCCGUGCACUAUAAAACACAGUUCUAGGGGAAAAGAGGCGAGCAGGGAGAGGGGCAGCGAGGUUGGUGAUUUCAUCCAAGCUUAAAGAAAUUAGGAGCCAAUGGGGCCUGGUCCUUCACUGGCAUGAUUGGGAGUUCAGCAGUCUAAAUCCCUUAGAUCCCUACCCCAUCCUCUGCCCUCUGCUGCCCCACUGCCCACUAUACAGCAUAGCCACCCCUUCCCCACCCCCACCCUCUGC